CUGAUGCAUGUCACUGCCCUACGCUCUGCAGCUGUUGCUUUUGAUCAUCCCCUCAUUGCAACUUGGUGCGUGCAGCGAGUGUCACAAUGGCCGAUAGCAGGGGCACCCGGCUUAUUGCCUCCUGUUGGACUCUGACAGCGGCAGCUGCCAUAUUGCUCUUCCUGCGCUUAUACUGCAAAUUGUGGCGCGGUAGAGGCCUGUGGUGGGACGACCAUUUGCUGAUCAUCGCCAUGGUAGCAUUGGUGAUCGCCGUGUCGAUCAAUACCUACAUCGUGUCUCUUGGGUUUGGUAGUCACAUUUGGACCAUCAGUGACGAGAAUCUGAAGACUAUCAACCUCAAUACGAUCCUUGUGGCGACAUUCGGGAUUAUAGCAACAACCACGAGCAAGACGUCGUUUGCCAUGACAUUGUACCGGAUCGCUACGAAUGCGUGGAUGAAAUACUUCCUCAUCUUUGUCAUUGUUACCAUCAACGUAUCAAUGAAUCUGGUGUGGAUUUUCGGCUUCGCCAAAUGCACGCCGUUGAAAAAGGUGUGGGAUAGUGAUGUACCGGGGACUUGCUGGGACAGGAGGCGUCUCGUCAAAUUCCAGCUAUUCGCGGCUUACUACUCCGCGAUCCUGGAUUUCGUGUUGGCAUUCCUUCCUUGGCAGAUCAUCAUGGGCAUGUCGAUGCGGCGUCGCGAGAGGCUUGGAGUCGCCGUAGCAAUGAGCUUAGGUGCCAUUGCCGGAAUAACGGGGAUUGUGAAAGCAGUGCUGGUGGUCAACAUGACCAGUACUGACUUCACUUAUGCCCGCGUUGAUCUAACCAUCUGGACACUGACGGAGCCCGCAGCCUCCAUCAUGGCAAUCUCGAUCCCUAUUCUGAGGAUGUUGUACCGGGAGCUCAAGUCGAGUCAAAAAAGUUAUCCUCGAAAUAAAUCGCAGACGAAUCCACUUGAACCAGGAAUGGGAAGCCAUAUUCAAGAUGGCUCGGACCAGAGAAAAUCGAAGCGAUUUGGCUUUGGUUCUAAAUACGGCCGGAACUCUGUUCUCAUCAUGUCAACUGCAGGGUGGCAGGAGUCUCAAGAGGCUCUACAGGAUGCAGAAGGCAGCCAAUCCAAACCAUCGCUGAGACAGGGUGGCGUCUUGAAAACGGAAGAAGUGAGGGUACAUCACGAACGGGUAAGCUUGAGCGACGAGAACUCAAUAGAGCUCAAACCCUUGAGCGUGGCCCAUGUGAAUAGUGGGAAGGGUGCCGACCGUUAGAUAUUUGAAACAGAAUAAUUAGAAGUGACUAAUGUGCAUAUAAUUGAGACAAUUACUACUUAUGAUCCAAAGUCUCCACCUAGGCCGGUUGGCGUCUAAGGACCAGAAGUAUAGUAGAGGCUUCGCUGCUAUCUAUUCAACG